CGCACACGCGAUUAGCCUGGAGUUGAUCCCUGGGGAGCAGAUGGUGAAUGGUGGCUUACCUACAGGCUCUGAGUCCCAGGAGUUAACAGGAGUCUGCAGUCACGUUGGAAGAUACAAUGCUGGCUUUAAAGAAGUCUUGAGGACCGUGUCUCAUGAAAGAAGAAAGACUGGGUUCACAUCAGACGUGAUGUUGCUGAGCAGUGCUGCUGUUUGGCUGCUGCUCUGUGUUGGGUGCCUGCAUGGCUCUGCCCUCCCUGCCAUGUCCUCCUAUGAGUUCACCGCCUACAGGAUGCAGCAGUACAACCUGGCGCAUCAGAAACAUGGCUGCCGUGGAGCCAUAGUUGUGGCGGAGGCGCGCUCUGCCGACGAACCGUCGCUGACCCGCCGUUGUGUCGUCAUGAAGGUUCAGGACUUCACUGUGGAGAAAUACUCUGAAGCCCUGAGACAGAAUGCUGCUGCUGUGCUGAUUCUACUGCCUCAAAAUAUCUCCGGCGUUCCACACCAGACAAUAAAGUCCUUCAUGGUGAGUGAGAACGAGGCCUUGCAGAAAGAAACUCUGACUCCAGUCUACGUUGUCCCUGAGGAUGAACAGCUGCUUUACAUGUAUGAGGAGGUGAGGCAGGCUGCAGCUUCACGGACCUCAUCCAUGCUUGUCAGAGUUCUUCGAAGUAUGGUCACUGCUACAGCAUUCCAGAUCUUAGUGAGCAACAACAACGCCAUUAAGGCCAUCACUGACAACACCAUAACCACGCUGGAGGGUGUGCUCCCUGGAACCGGAGAGGAUGCUCCCACCAUCGUCAUCACCGCCCACUAUGACUCAUACGGACUCGCUCCGUGGCUGUCAUAUGGAGCAGACUCUAAUGGCAGCGGAGUCACCAUUCUGCUGGAGCUGGCCCGUCUUUUCCAGAAGCUUUACAGCACCUCCGGUACCAGACCACAAUAUAAUUUAAUGUUUUCCUUGACCGGAGGAGGAAAAUACAACUUCCUCGGCACGAAGAGAUGGAUUGAGGAAAAUCUUGAUCACGCCGAGUCCAGCCUGCUUCACGACAAUGUGGCGUUCGUCUUGUGCUUGGACUCGCUGGCCAAAGGCGAUGAACUCUACAUGCACGUGUCUCGCCCUCCGAAGCCUGACACUCCUGUGAACUCCUUCAUUGAACAGCUGGAGGAGGUGGUUUCCUCCAGAUUCCCCUGGGUCAAGGUGGGAUUGGUGCACAAGAAGAUCAAUCUCGUCGAGUCGACGGUGGCCUGGGAGCACGAGCGCUACAGCCUCCGGCGGAUCCAGGGCUUCACUCUGUCUCACCUGGAAGAUCCCAAGUCUGAGCUUCGUGGGUCUAUGCUAGAUACAAUGUCCCAAGUCGAUUUUAGGAAACUUAAACGAAACGGCAUUAUCAUCGCUGAAGCUCUGGCCCGGUACAUGUACAAUCUCUCAGACAAGGGCUCACCAAGGGAUAUUCAAGUUUUUAAAGGUCAGCUGGACUUUCAGGACAGCCGGAUGUCCAGUUUGAUGUCCUUUUUGACCUCUGUGCCCCGGGCUGCCCAGCUGCUGCACAAGGAGCCCGGUCAGAUCCUACUGGUCAACUCACUGGAGCACGAGUUCAAGCACUACCUGCAGCAGGUCCAUAGGCACACCUUUCGACAGGACAAGAGGGACCCUGAGAUCACCUUUUUUGAUCAAAUGAACCAACCAAUUGUCAUGUACAGGGUGAAGCCAGCAGCGUUUGAUCUGUUCCUUGGAGGAUGCAUCACUGCAUAUUUGGGGAUUGUUUACUAUUCAAUCCAGAAUUUCGGGCAUCUGUAUGCUAGACUCAAAGCUGCAGUGAAAACCAAACAUCAGUGACAGCUUCAAGGAUACAGGCUUUACGGCUUGCUAAGCUCAUGACAGACGUCUGCGUCACAGAACAUUAAAGCAAUCCAGCACUAGGUUUCCCAGAGUAAGACAGGAAGUGUGAAUUUGCAUUGUGACUAUCAGAUGUUCAAAGAUAUGUAUGGUCCUUAGAAAGGACUUUCUAGAGAGUCCUAAAAAAUAUGCAAAUCGAGAAAUAAAAGUGUUCUGUCGUCAA